UAUUAAAAAUUCAUUACUUUUGUCAAUUUAUUGGCGUUCCCACUAAUCAUUCAAAUUAAUAUUUAAAGCAUCUUUGAUGUGUCCAGUAAAAGUUUUAUAGGUAUCGUGUCCCAGACUUUUUUUUUGUUUAAAUUUAUUUUAUUAAAUUGCAUAGAAAAAUUUAUUCUGAUGAUUGUCAAAAAUAAAAAUUUUGAAUUAUUUUAUAAAAAUUUAAAAUUUGGGAGCUGGUUUAAAACAUCUGAUUUACUAGAGGGUUUAGUGUGAGUAGUCAAGUAGAGAAGAUAACAAUUAGUGUUCAUCACUUACUGUUUCGAUGCCUGGCUGGACGGCAUCAAUAUUACCAAUUUUUGCUCAGUGAUGCAAUGUCAUUAUGAGCUACGAACGUGUUUGUGCUAAAUCUGUAAAAUAACUACUAACACACUACUCUCUAAACCUAAGUAUGUUGUGAGUUUACGGUAAUUAGGCUCGAACGUAGUAAAUAGCCGGUUGUCUAUCCAAAUCUUAGCACGACUUGAGCAAAGACUCGUAGUCACAGUGGUGACAAUUACUUUUAGCUGUAGGAAUAUAAUCACACACUCACGUACUCCCACGUUACCGUCCGAGUCGUAAGACAUCGGUUAUCUUCACUUUGUCACCUAGUUGUGGCUUGUCUGGAGCGGCUGCGGUAGCAGGACAGCUGGGCUAUUCGUACUCUGCAUAACAGGCGCAGGCGAACUCCGGCCAUGCGCACCACCAAGCAGUACCUCUGGAUUCACAUCGUUAAGGCCAGGAUCUGUAACAUACUGAGCGGCAGAAAGGGAUCGCUGGAGCGAUCCCACUUCUGAUAUCGGAAAAGCGGUCUCGUUAUUAAUUUUUUAAAAGAGCAGAACCGUUGAUCUCACUUGGGUCACCGGUUCUGCUAUCACUAUCCACAAUAGAAGCCAGGAGCAAAAGCUAAACAAAACCUGAUCUGAAUAUCUAAAACUAAUUUAACUUUACGUUACCAUCAAUUUUACUCAUAAAUUGUUGUUAUGAAAUCUCUACCCACAAAGCUUAACGGAACAACUAAAGAAACUAAAAGAAAGAACUAAAUUAAUUGAAAGAAACACUGGAUUGAAAAGGUAGGUAGGUAGUCAACUUAUUUAACACCGUAGGUAGAAUCAAAGCAUUUUGUUACGAUUAAAUUUCACCAUAAAUUAUUUUUAAAACAACACUGAUGUAGAUAGUAAAAUAAUUUUAAUACUGAAGGUAUUGGAAGGUACUGGAGGUACUUGCUCAAGAAAACCAAACAAUGAACUAAGAUUGUUGUUUGUAAUAUUUUAAUGAACUAAUCAAGAAAAUGAAACAUUUAAUUUUAGAUCUUGAUUUAUAAUAAUUGUCAGGAAUUACCAAUUCCUGCAAUAACUUCACUACCUACCCACUUAAAACUCUGGGUGAAAUCUAUAAGGGGAUUUUGCAAACAAACACGUUCUAAUUGAAUUUAUUUUAUUACGAAACUGUAGGUAGAUUUAGAAUAGAAUAGAGCAGAAUUAUUUUUAUUCAACUAAACUUUUAAGAGGUAUUUUUGAAUCGUCAAAUGCAUCUACCACUGGUUCGGAAUGCCUUUCCUUAAACCGAGAAGAACCAGCAAGAAACUCGGCGGUCGCUCUUUUCAAAUAUUCGAUUUACAAUAUUAUGCCAUGAAUACAAAUAACUGAAAUCCCUUGCGUUAUUUAUCACUUUAUCACAAUCACUUUAUUACGUUAUUAAUUGGUUAUUCAAGGAAAAGACUCGUUGUUAUGUGUAAAACUGCAUUUAUUAAUCGUGCAUGUCAAAUAAUGAUUCAGUAGCCAAUAAACCAUGAGUUAAAGUAGACGUGUUUCCUUUCUUCUGAAAGCCAAUUCAAGUGAACCUUAUUACCAUAACAUAUGGUUGAAAUCGAGCCGGAUCGAAUUCGCGAGUUACGAUUCUAAUAAUACAUUCCUACCUGAGUGACCGGCGAUAAUACAUUUUUGUUCGACGCGUGGACAUUUACUUACCUACGUAAUCUAUCAUUCAUUACUUUGCGAAGUUAUACAAAAAUUAUGCUGUUUUAGAAGAUAAUUUAAAGUGAACGUGUGUUUGUAGUGAAAUACAAUGAGUGUACCACUAAGUAAUGAGCAACAACAGUUGGUAAAUGCAUUGGAAGACACGUAUAACUUAUUACAAAAGGCACAAACCAACUUAAAGAAAUGUUCAAAGCAGAGAUUAACGCGAGGAUACAUUGAGGCGCGUCUGCAAAGUAUUGAAGGAUACUGGCAAAGUUUUAAGACUACGCAUCAAGAACUGGUGAAAUGUACACCAAAGUGCAAAAGGAACGAAAUUCCGUAUUUCCUCAACGAAGAUUUCUUUGUCGUCGAAGAUUUGUACACUUGCACCGUGGGGGAUUUAAGGGAUAUGCUUUCAUCGCCGUCACAGCUCUCACAACCAACAGCAAGUAUGAAACACAAUGAAUCUAUUGUGAAAUUACCUCGAAUAGAAAUACCAAAGUUCACCGGAUCUUAUGAAGACUGGCCUACAUUCAGAGACCUAUUUACAUCAUUAGUUCACAAUUCAUUAUUAAGUAAGGUUGAAAAGUUACACUACCUUAAGACAAGUGUCGUCGGUGAACCUGCUGAACUCCUUAAACAUGUUUACGUAUUGGAGUCAAAUUACGAACAGGCUUGGAACAUACUGAACCAUAGAUAUGGUAACAAAAGAUUAAUCGUAAAUUCCUUACUGCACAAAUUAUUUAAUUUGAAGAAACUCACUUCACCCUCCGCUAACCACUUAAAAAACUUAUUGGAUACCACCACUCAGUGUCUGAACAAUCUUAAAAAUCAAGACAUACCUACUGACUCCUGGGAUCAAAUUAUUAUUUAUCUAGUUGUUCAAAAAUUAGAUACGGACACUCACAAAGAUUGGGAAGAGUACUCAUUCCGAGAAGACACGAAUAGAUUACCUACCUGGGUUGAGCUAAGGACAUUUCUGGAGACAAAAUUCCGAUCAUUGGAGAUGGUGAACCCCACAACUAUUAAGGCGAAAUCUUUCCAUGUGACCACUUCAGAAGAUAACGACUUUGCCUCACCACCAAGAACGUGCUAUAUGUGUAAAGCUGAUCACAAUCUAUGUCACUGUAAAGAAUUUUGUAGCUUACAACCAUCAGAACGAUGUGAAUUUAUUAAGAAAAAUAGGCUUUGCUACAAUUGCAUGAUGAUGGGACAUUCAGUGAUAAGAUGUAGGGUACCGACAUCUUGUAAGAUAUGCCAUCGCCGACACCACACAUUAUUACAUACUAGCGACGGAGCAGCUGAAAAUGUAGAAUUACAUCACAGUCUAAUAGAAGAAGAAGAAGAAGCAGAACCUAAAUCAGAAAAACCAGAGGAAUCAGACAUUGCAAUAUCUACACACUUUGCUUCCGGAAAGUCGACAUCACUACUACCUACUGCCUUAGUCAUAGUAAAGGAUGAUGAGGGUCAUAAGACAAUUUUACGAGCUUUAGUGGAUCAGGGUUCCCAAGCCAACUUUAUUACCGAGAGAGCAGCACAACUAUUGAAGAUAAAAAGAACACAAGCUAAGAGAACAAUCACAGGGGUUGGUAAUACACAAACAACAGUUAAUCACAUGGCACAGCUCGAGAUCUUAUCUAAAUAUGAGGAGGAAUUUAAGCUUAGCAUAAAUGCGUACAUAAUGCCGACGCGAUUAACGACCCAAUUGCCAUCAAAACCUAUUACAAGUACAGUCUAUACGUCACAUAUACAAGGAAUCACUCUAGCUGAUCCAAGCUUCAACACACCAGGGCGAAUCGACAUGUUGUUAGGAGUUGAAGUUUAUGCUCAGAUAUUGAAGGCUGAUAUUCUGAAUGGUCCUCCAGGCUCUCCAUGUGCUCAGUAUACAUGCCUCGGCUGGAUUUUAUUCGGAGAUAUACAUGAAGAAACUUCACAAGAACAAAUACUUGUAACGCAUCAUGAAUUCAAGGUAGAUGACAUGAGGGACGGAGAUACAGAUAUAACAAGAAUGUACACUAAAGAUAAAGAAGAUUGUGGAAACAUAUACAAGGAAACACGUAACAGAAAUGAAGAUGGGCGAUACCGAACAGAAAAUCCAAAAUCAAACAGACUAUUACAGCUAGAAAGGUGUUCCAAGAAGGAUAAGAAAUUAAAAGUUAAAUAUACACAAACAAUGAAUGAAUACGGUGAAAAGAGACAUAAUAUAGAACGAAAUCCUAAAGACGAAAGAAACAAUCCAGGCUUUUAUCUAGUUAUCUUUUAUUUUAUUUUUUAUCUUUUGAUUCAUCAUCCAGUUUUUAAAUACGAUAUUGAAACUACGCAGACUAGUUCGAUAUUCGAUACCUCAUAUAUAGGUACAAAAUAUAAUGUAACACUCAACAUCGAAUUGCGUUUGAAAAAUGUAGAAUAUGUCUCAGACAUACAAAAGAUAAAUCGACAGAUUCUCCAACCAACCACCAAGGAAGAUAAGGAUUUUCAACGCAUUCUUUGGCACCCUAACAACCAAUAUCCAGUUAAGGAGCACCGUAUCGUUAUGGUGACGUUUAGUACUGCAUGUGCACCAUAUCUCGCGGUAAAAACUCUUCACCAAAUUCCCAGUGAUGAAAAGCAGAUUAACUUGGGAGAUGACAUGCUGAAGUUUCAUAUAAAAUUACCGCCUGUGUUGUUUAUCAUAACAAAGAGAAAAAUAUUGUCUGAUAUACAAACUAGGUUACUCCUCUUGGUUAUUUGGCUCCUUCACUUGUACCUGCAAAAUUAAUUAUACAAAAGGUAUGGCUUCGAGAUUUACAGUGGGAAGAAGAACCGGAACCUGAAAUUAAAAAUAAAUGGUUAGAAGUCAGAGAAAGUUUAAAUGGCGUUACACAUACAAAGGCGAAUAGAUUGUUAGACACUUUACAAAAAACUUUGAAGGAGGUUACUAUACUUGAAUAUUGUGAUGCUUCGAUGAAGGCUGAGGAAGCCGUUCUCCUCUUCAAGUCACUGAAACAAAUCAGCGAGGCGAUGCGAAUCUAUAUGACCCAAAUAUUCCAACUCUAUGAUCGUAUUGUCAGAGCUACAAGGAGACCCUAAUAGACGGGCCAGAUCUUUGUUAGAAAUAGGGCGAUCACAAUACUCGAGAAAGUAAAAACAAUGGAUACGUACUUGAGCUGAGUGUUAAGGUUGUAGAUAUCACUUCAGUUUGUAAAAAAAACUGAAGGAAAGCCUCCAGGAAAGGGACGUUUAGGACAGAUAGUUAAUAUACAUCCUGAUCCCGAUAGACUCACUAGAGUUUAUAGUGUGAAAAGUGGAUACAGCAAUGUAAACCGAUCUAUUUCUAUGUUUUGUUUUAUACCAGUUGAUUUAAUUAAGUAAUGAAUUAAUGAAUUUCGUAUACCUAUUUGUUUUACACAAUUUAAAAAUUAAUUUGUCUAUAUUUAAGUAUGAUGCGAGAAAACCAUUUUAUUGUCAGCGAUAAAAUAGUUGCUUAGAUGAUUUAUACAUGCUGUAAUGGACCUAAUUUCGUGAAAUCAUUUAAUAUGUUUAAAGAAUAAUUAUUUAAUUAAAAGGUCUCUUAGAGCCCUUUUGGCGGGCGGCAUGUUAUGUGUAAAACUGCAUUUAUUAAUCGUGCAUGUCAAAUAAUGAUUCAGUAGCCAAUAAACCAUGAGUU